AUGAUUUUACACCCACUGCUUGUUCUUCUUGAUAUCGCAUACUUGUUCCAGAUUGUCUCUGCCGUGUAUGGCGGAGACGGAGAUAUACUCCCGCCGAACGAAGAGAAGCUCGACUAUCUCAGCUGGGCACCAUAUCAUUGGCCAGACUGUAAUUGGUGCCAGAGCGGUAGAGCACAUUUAAGCACGGGAGGCAAUCGGACUACGUGGACGACUUGUAAAUACGUGACGCGAGAUGGCAAGCUCAACCCAGAUGUACGCAAGUUACACGGCGUUCAGGCCAUCGCAGACGCCAGCCAGUCAAUUCUCUACAACGCAGUCGCGAACAUAUUGACAGGUAGUGCGUCAUAUGCCCAAUCCGCAGCACAGGCAAUCAAUGUCUUUUUCCUCGAUCCACAGAGCGGCAUGCACCCUCGUGUUGAAUAUGGACAGGUAAUUCGUGGACCACAGAAACAGGUAGGACAAUAUCUCGGCGUGCUAGAUUUCCGCGGAAUGGUCAAGGUUGCGAACGCUAUACUCAUAAUGCAAGCUGUAAAUGCGCCGGCUUGGACAAGUAACCUGCAGUCGGAGAUGAAGGAUUGGACCACCCAGUACUUAAAAUGGUUGCAGACCAGCGGGAUUGGAAAGAAGGCUAUCUCCGCGCCGAACAACCACGGGUCAUUUGCUGCAAAUCAGGUAGCUGCAAUGAAUAUACUUGCUGGAGAUACGGAUGCGGCUAUGGGUGCGCUCGAGUCCUACUUCAACGGACAAUUUCGCGAUCAAAUAGCAGCGUCUGGAGAACAGCCAUUCGAAGCGGUUCGCACCCGGCCAUUCCAUUAUCGCUGCUUCAAUCUGGAAGCAAUGAUCACAAAUGCAAAGCUCGGAGAUCAGCUUGGACUUGAUUUCUGGACUGCAAAGUCAAAGUUCGGCGCGACAAUUAAGGACGCGUUGGACUUCGUUUUGAAGAAGGGUCCUGGAAAGGAAAAAGUAUCGGACAUCUUUCCUCACGUCGCAGCCAUCGCUGCGGUAUAUGGGGAUCCUGGUGGCAAAUACAUGGCGUAUCUGAGAAAGUUGGACUCACACUUCAUGACCGCGCCCUACUAUUAUUACGAUCAACCAGCUGCUAUCCAUCACGUGCUUGAAGUGAAGCAGACGGACUCUCGCGAUGAUCUUCCGUCUCAGCGGCCGAGUAUACCUUGGGAAUGCCCUACUGUGUUUGCAGCGGCGUUAAGGGUGCAACUCGACGACGGGGUAUUCGUUACAUGCGAGGAGCUUAAACCCUUUUAUGGAUAUGUCGCAGAUGCGGGAAAUGACGUGUGA